AUGGCUCGAAGCAGGAAGUCCACAAAGCCACCACUGGUCAUGGCUACUACAGCGUUACCAGGAGACAAUGCAGCCAGCUCUAUCAGUCGACAUAUCCCACUAUUUUGUUCCGUGUGCCCUGAGACUCCUCGUUUUUCGGACGUCUCUCAUCUUCUUACUCAUAUCGCUUCGAAAGGACACCUUCAUCACGAAACCCAAACGAAGCUCAAGGCUCAUCAAGAUAUCACCGCCGCGGUCAAACUUCAACGUUACGAGGAGUAG